GCGGCUGUGGGGUAGUGGCACGCUAACGAAUGCCGCUCAGACAUGAUACGAAUGUACGUACUGACCAUCAAGAUAACAACACCUUAUCACGUUACCAGGCAGACGGAAUUAUGAUGCCACCUCCAUGGCCCUCGGUUAGAUUCCACGGCAACCGAGGGUACUACUCAUAUACAUAAUCAGGGGGGUGCCGAUGCACACUGUCAUAUCAUCACUCGUGCCUAAGUGCAACUUACAGCCUCAGAUUCUAUUACUCACUUUGAUAUGGCUAUCACUGCAUGGGAAAGCAGAGUUGCUGCUAAACAACAAGCCUGCCGCGACAAGAUACCAAAAGAAUGGGUUCUCCCAGCAUCCAUCACGAAUCUGCUUCAAGCACCGCUUUCGGACCAUCCAAACCGGGUGAACGAGAUGGACAUCCCCCGAAAAUCGGGCAUCAUGAGCGAGAAAGAGCUGAAUAUAACCGAGAAAUUCACUGUUGAGGAGUUGUUGCAACAGCUAAGAAAGGGUGUUCUAUCGUCACUAGAAGUCACGAUAGCUUUUUCCAAAAGAGCGGCUAUGGCACAGCAGCUGCUUUCUUGCCUUACCGAAACGUACUUUCCAGAAGCACAGGACCGAGCACGCUUCCUCGAUGGUGAAAGAGCUGCUGGCCGCAUCGUAGGGCCCCUUCAUGGUUUACCGAUAAGCGUCAAAGACGGUUUUCAGAUUGCGGGAACAGCGGCAACCAUCGGAUUUGUCUCUUUCCUAGACCACGAGUUAUCUGAGAAGAACUCGCCGCUGGUGGAUAUGCUGCUGGAGCUGGGCGCAGUCAUAUAUGUCAAGACUAAUAUCCCGCAGACACUUAUGACGGCUGACUCACAUAACAACAUCUUCGGACGCACAUUGAAUCCCCAUAACACUGCUUUGACGGCAGGAGGAUCUAGUGGAGGAGAAGGUGCACUCGUUGCAUUCCGAGGAUCGCUACUUGGUAUUGGAACGGAUAUCGCAGGCUCUAUCCGUAUACCGUCCCUCUGCUGUGGCACAUAUGGCUUCAAGCCUUCUACUGAACGUAUCCCAUACGGUGGCCAGCCUUCUCCAGUCCGAGAUGGCUUGACCUUCUUUGAACCUUCUGCUGGACCGAUAGCAAACGACAUCCAGGCAUUGAACCUCCUAUGUCGGUCAGUUCUAUCCAUGAGACCAGCCAUGUACGACGCCACUACUCUAGAUGUUCCCUGGAGAGACUUGGAAGUACCGCCGAGCGUGCCGAAACUAAGGUUUGGUCUUUUGACCGAAGACCCAGCGUUUCCGUUACAUCCACCGGUUAAAAGAGCACUGGCUCAAGCUGUAAGUGCUCUGGAAGCCAAGGGUCAUCAGGUUGUUCCAAUAUCGCCGUCGCGCGCACAAGUCUCCAAUGCGCUAGCGCUCGCGUUUGCUUAUUUUGGGCUCGACGAUCCCCCAGCACAUAUAGCCGCUAGUGGUGAGCCGCUAGUACCAUCAGUCAUUCAAGCUAUGCAAGCGUUUGGUGCCUUCAAAUGUGAUUUUCUGGCUGACUGCGAGGGUCUGCAAGGCAUUCCGAGGUUGGCAGCGCUCAAUGUGAAGAGGCAGUCAAUCGCGGAUGAGUGGAGGAAAGUUUGGAGGGAUGAGAGACUGGACGCGGUAAUCGGACCGUCGGCGCAGAAUACUGCAGUUGCGCAUGAUACAUACGGGUUGCCACCGUAUACGUUGCUACUAAACGUAUUGGAUUAUCCCGCCUGUGUCCUGCCGUUUGGCAGAGCGUCGAGCGCUCUGGAUCCCGAGCCUCUGAUCAUUGGAGCUGGUCAAGUAGGUCCAAGCUACGAGCCCGAGCUCGUACACGGCGCACCAACCUCAAUCCAGGUCUUCACGAAUAAGAUGCGCGAUGAGGAAUGCCUACGGAUGGCCACCAUCGUAGAUGAGUGCUUGAGGGCUGUGUAGACUGGAUGAUGUAUAGCAUCUGAUUGGAGGAACACAAGCAUAAGACAUUCGUUCCCGUUCCUCCCGCAUACUUUGAAGAUUAUUUGGCAUACUAGACCUGCUUUCGCACUAAUUCUUUCUGCUUUCUCAUGGUGAUCGAGCUGUGUUGCGUUUUCUGAGGGGUAGUUGCAGUCCGCCUGGUUGAUUGAGUCAUCAGCUAGCGUCUUCCACAUUGUCCAACACCGAAAGCUGCCGCUGCCUAUAUUUG